GAUAGAAAAUUCGGUCGUGACGGUUACGAGACCCCUGCGCUCUCGUUGUUUGGCGUUUGAAAAUGGGUAGUAACGUCGCUAGUUGGGAAAUCGUUGAUAGUUCUCGUAACUGUUACGAGAGACAGCGUUUACGAGAGAGUUUAGUAAAUCCGGCCCCGUUGCGACAGUAUUUUCUAUCGUUACGCAUCGUAGGCCUUUAUUUCCUAUAAGAACGACUCAAGCGACCAAUCAGCGUAAACCUCGGAAUUUUCGACCAAUCACAGCAGUUCUCCCUCAAAACAUAAACAAUGGAGGCCUCACAAGAUCCGGGGAAAAACGUCGCCCUAAUUUUUCUAACGAAGAGCUGCACGCUAUGGUGAAGUACAGAAGAGGCAGAGGGUUAAAGAGGGCUCAUUUUCAUCGACGGUGACUAGUAAGGUGAAGAAGGCGGCCUGGAACACCGUAGCAGAAAGGGUUGACGCUGUCAGCACCUCGCAAAGGACUGCCGGUGAAGUCAAGCAAGUUGACCGUCUUCAAGUCUGCCACGAAGAAAAAACUGGCAAAGAGGAAUGAAGAACGAACGAAAACUGGUGGUGGACACUAUAAACAGCCAGAGCUUACAACAGCUGAAGAGCUCAUGUCCUCUUUGAUUCACCCAGUUAUGGUAGAGGGCCUAGGACAGCUACUUGAAGGAGAAAUGGUAUCAGAUGAGCUCGACCACGCCCCUCUACCGGUCGAUCUACCAAAGCCUCAAAGCCGAGGACACCGUCGGUUCAACAGAAGAAGGGAUGCGACGAAUCUACCGCGAGAGAUAUGCCUUUCUUGUGUGGGAACUUUUCCACACGUUGAACUACCAGGGGGACUGCGAGAGCUACCUUCUCCCUCAGAAGUACUUCACUGAUCGCGCCUCCUUCGUGUUGGCGAAGGGUUCUCCCCUCGCGCCCCUCUUCAACAAUGUCAUCCUUGACCUCGGUUCGUCUGGCCUCCUCUCCAAGUUCUGGCUGGAGGUAAAAGUGACCACCAACGACUGCGGCGCCCUGGAGACCGCGUCCUUGGUGUUCCUGACGGUGGUGACGUCCUUCCUGGUGCUCGUCGUGGGGGCUGUGGUGUCCUUCGGUCUCCUGGGGGCGGAGUGGCUCCUUUCGCGAAGAAUCUGGGGGAGGUCCUGGGGGAUGUGAGAGGAGGUGGAGGUCUU